CGCGAUCCCACUACUGCACGACGCGGAGACUUUUGGCUGCUGGGUUUCCCCUCUGGCCCGGUUCGCCUCUCCUUGGCCAACCUGGCCGUUCCGGACUCCUCCGGUACGUCCAUAUUGACGCCGAGCUUAGUGCGGACAUCCGGUCGACGUGAAACGCUCCGCACCAGGACUCCCGAUCUCAAACCAUCCACUGAACCCGACCUCCAAGCAGCUUGGAUUACAGAAGGCGCCACGCUCCCAUUAUUAGGAAUAGUCACUCUCAUAGCAACCACUCAGGCUGGAUUAUUACCAGGUCCGGCAAUAUCAGCUCAUGGUCUAGCUCUAGGUCCAGCUUUGGGACCGGCUUUGGCACCAGCUUAUGGUCAUUUGGGACCAUACGGACCAUACGGACCUGCUCUUAGCCCAUAUGGAUUACCUGGACCUGCAAUUUUGAAAGCACCAAUAGCUCCUGUGGUUAAGACAGUACCAUCCGUUGAUUAUGUUGCAUAUCCAAAAUACGAAUUUAAAUACGGAGUAGCAGAUGGGCACACUGGCGACCAAAAGACCCAAUCAGAAGUCCGAGAUGGUGACGUCGUCAAAGGUUCCUACUCUCUGGUGGAACCUGAUGGUACCGUUAGAACAGUAACGUAUACCGCAGAUGAUCAUAACGGAUUUAACGCUGUCGUUACCAGAGCUGGACAUGCAUCGCAUCCUACUGUGGUGGCGCCUAAAGUAUUAGCGGCUCCUGCAAUAGCACAUGGUCCUGUUUUGGCCGGUCCUGCAAUAUCUCAUGGAUUAGGAUAUGGGGCACCUCUUGGUCUUGGUCCUCUAGGCUACGGAGGUUACCUUAAAGGAUAA